CAAUAAAUUUAAAAUACUUGAAAAAUGAUUCACUCAAUGAUAUAAACUUGAUAAACAAUCUAAAAAAGGAAAACGACUAUUAUUCAAAUGAAAUCAAAUUACUAAAUAAUAAACUAUACUCUUUAUCAACUCAGUUUGACUCUUUAAAAUCUUUAUAUUUAAAUAACAAGAGUCACUCUCUUCACUCACAAAUUUCCCAAAUGUCUUCUUCAUCUUCUUUAUCUUCUUCAUCUUCAGCAUCUUCAGCAUCUUCACUGUCAUAUUCUUCUCUUUAUUUGAACCAUUCCAAAAAACUAUCUCAAAUGAAUUCUACUCCAAAUUUAUCUUCAAACAUUAGCAUAGAUAAUAACAAAAAUAAUAAUCAUAAUAAACAUGAUAAUAAAAAAACUAACAGCAUCGCUAAUACAUCUAUGCAAAUAUUAAAUCCUUCUUUAUCUUCUUUAUCUUCUUUAUCUUCUUCCUCUUCUUCCUUACAACCUUCUAAAAAAAGACAAAGAAAAAUCAGAAAUACUAACGAUUUUUUAGAUCAUAUAAUAUCCCCAACUAUUUCUUCAGCUUUAAAGAUUUCUCCAAUCAAUUUAUCCUCAAAAAACUUAAUCAAUUUUAAAUCAACUCCAAUCCUAAGAUCAAAUUCAAGAUAUUCGAUUUCUAGAUUCUCAAAUUCAAGAUCAACAUCAAGAUCUUCAAGAAAAAAUCCUUCAAUUUCACCAACCCUCUCGCCAUCUCUUUCAAUUCAAAACUCAAAACUAAAAUUAGACUUUCAUUUUACUUCAAAGGAUAAGUCCCUUUUAUUCAACCACCUUAAUAACUCCACUAAUUCACUAAACUCAACCAACUCAACCAAUUCAAUUUCUCCCUUCCAAUCUCCUUUGAAAAAACACUCAAACCCAAUUUUAAAUAAAAAAAGCUUUUAUACUCUUUCCAAUUUAAACUUUGAUAAUCUAUUUGACAUAGAUGAAAAUGAUAACAUCAAUAGAAGCAAUAACAAUGAUAAUAAUGAUAAUAAUAAUAAUAAAAAUAAAAGCAAUAA